AUGAAUAAUAAGAAGUCUUUGAAUCCAUAUUUUGUAGACUUGCCUGAUGGUAGCGAGUUUAACAUCAGAACAAAACAAGGAGCAAAUGCUCUUUUACUUCGAGUGCCCAAUGCGAACUAUAUUCCCUCCAUUCUGCAGGAAAUCCGAAAGGUUCGAAGCAAACCAAGAAUGAGCGUUGAUGACAGGGUCGACAUAAACAGGCAUCAGCAAUGCACGUAUUGGCUGGCUUUGAAUGCAGACGAAAAACUCUUUCGUGAAAAGAUUCCAAAAUCAAUAAUCCGAAUCUGGUUGGAUUUUACCAUUGAAGAACUGAGAAGGCUAUCCACCGAUCGCAAUUGGAUAGCAAAGGGGGAAUUGAAUGACAUUGACGGCGCAAUUUUGGUUCAGUGUCUUCCACUCUUUCACCAUGUUGUUCCGGUCGUUGUAGCUUUUCAGAGCGGCUUUUUUGAAGCGCUGGCAUCAUUCAUAAAGGCCAGUCAAGGGACUGAUCGAGCUCUUCCUGGUCGUAAGGUUGCACUACAUGUGGUCGGAAUUCUACACCGGGCAUACUUCACUGCUACUAAACGCUUGGAUAAGCGAUGGUCGGGAGAGAAGUUCUUCAAGAGGCUUGAGGCCAACGGUAUGCUGGAACAAAGUCUUCGGUGCCUAACGAUUCCCCAACUCUUCGAAUCCCAAAGGCUCAUCGCAGACACAAUGCUUCGCGCACUGCAGUCCUGUGCUACGGUGAUUCUGAGCAAAGCGUUCAAGCCAGGUGAACCUUGCGGUGACACACUUCGAGCGAUAUGCAACAGAAAAGACGGAAGUAAAGACAUUUUACCACAAACCCUCGUCCGAUUUCUUUUAAUUGCAUCUUUGUUGGAUUCCUUGGAGGUUGGGAAAUGCGGCCACUGUGGCAAGUCGGGGUCCUCGGAAACUUCUCACAAGUCGCUCAAGGUAUGUUCUCAAUGUUCUAUGAUGAACUAUUGCUCGAGAGACUGUCAAGCGGCAGACUGGAAACAGCAUAAGAAAAUUUGUAAGUCAGUUGCUACGAGCCAAACGACCACCCAUGGAAACUCUAGCCAAGUGCAACCAACACUGGGUGACGACUUUGAAGACAAUAUUGUAGCCAUUUAUGGUUCCGGUAUGUGA